CCUCGAAUAGGCUGCAACUUCUAAUACUUUCCCCCAAAGGAUUCUCUUGCCAACACGCUGAAAGGGGCCGUGUCUGUUCUACUGGGGGUGACCAUGUGGCUCUGGGUGUUCCUCCAUGCCUCUGCGCUGAAAAACUGCCACCCUGGUUGUCGCUGUAAAGUAGAGAACUUUGGCCUGUUUGACAGCUUCAGUCUGACCAGGGUAGACUGUAGUGGGGUGGGUGCAGGCCCGGUCCCCAUCCCCAUUCCUCUGGAUACUUCCUCUCUGGACCUGUCCUCCAGCGCCAUCAGCACCAUCACUGCCUCCAUGCUGUCUGGGCCAGGCUACACCACACUGGCCAGCCUAGACCUGAGCAACAACCUCAUCUCCAGCCUGAAUGGAAGCACCUUCUCCAGGCUGCGCUACCUGGAGACUCUGGACCUGAGCCACAACACUCUGGAGGAGCUGGGACACGGCUGUUUCUCCGGCCUACCCCUCGCAGACGUGGACUUGAGCAGCAACAGGCUCAGGCAGGUCUGGCUGGAUGUCUUCACCAACAAGGGCCACGGAGCCAUCCGUAUCGAUCUCUCCAACAACUUUCUGACCUCUGUCACGAGGGAUCCAGUAAAGAAUCCACCCAACAUCCAGAGGCUCAGCCUGGCAGGGAACCGUUUGAAAGCCGUGCCCAAGCUCCAAGGCCUCCCCCUCAGGUCGCUGAGCCUAGACAUGAACCCCAUCCCCAGCCUUGAGAGUGACAGCUUCACAGGCCUUAGGGAUCUAACCCACCUGUCUCUCAGUGGGCUGUUUGAGCUGAAGACCAUCCAACCGCACAGCUUCAAAGACCUCUGUGGCCUGGAGGUUCUGGACCUGUCGCACAACAGCCAACUGGGCCCACUGAGCGAGGAGGUGUUUGGUGGUCUGGUGGCUUUGCAGGAGCUGAACCUGUCCAACUCUGGGGUGGUUUCCCUGCCCAGCAACAUUCUCCACCUGCUGCCUGGCAUCAGGAGCAUUGUUCUUAGAGAGAAAGUGAACUGUUGGAAAACCCAGAGACAGGCUCAGUUUCACAGGCAUAUAGGACAAUCUAACAGAGGGGAAGAGCUGACAUGUGAUGUCAUAGGUAUUGUUUUGUGAGGUUUCCUUUCUACCAAGUCGAAAUGGCAAUGGAAUAACCCCUGAAAGGCAGAUCAGAACAGACCAUAACAUAAGAGGUCAAAAUUCCCAGCUCUAUGGGGUAUUCUGUCAUGUCCUGACAUAUGUAGCCUAUAGAGUAUGUGAUACAAUGUCAAUGAGCAACUGUGGCCUUAUGGAGAUGCUUGGAGACUCUUUUUAAGCAAUGCGCUCAUGAUACACAUCUCAGAUAAAAGUUUAUUGGUUUAAAUCAAAUCAGCAGAUGGAGGAAGAAACAACCUAAUAUAACCUUGGGUGCACUCUACUUUUUAACUCCUAGACAACCAACAUCUUACUGAUUGCUAAAACAGCUAAAUGGCAUUAAAAAUGUAUCAGGAGAAUGUAACCCCUUAGAACUACUGUAUGUCAAAAAUGCCGUUGAUGAGAUGCUAAGCAUUCCUCAGAUGUUUUGUUGACACAUUUAUCAGAAGCUUAAGCAGGACUGUCUGGUAGAUUUUGAUCAAAUGUUUGUUGUGUAAGUAAGUCUAUGGAGGUAGACAAUGAGGCUGGGUAUAUACCAUUGACUAGAUAUGCACUUUACAUAUGACUUGCCCAAUGUGAUCAAAGUAGAGUAUUCUUAUUUAACUGAAAAUGAAUACAUUUCUGAAAACUCAUUCUGAAAUCUUUUUGGGCCAAAGAUUUAAAAAAAAAAAAACAAUGUAAGUAACAGACUUUUUUUGACUGAAAUAUUGUGCUAAAGUGUGAGUACUGUUAAUAUAAGUGUGUGAUUUCUGCAGGCAGAAAUGGUAUACAGUAUUUUGUAAUAGCCUAAUAGUAUUUCAGCAUUUUCUUACAUUUCACAUGCUAUGUUCAAUCUUUCGUGUUUAUAAAUGUAAUAAAUGAAUAACGUAUAUCCUGCAAGUUUUUGUAAUCGUCCUUUAUACAACAAGCAUUACCAUGCUAACAUUCACAAUUAAUGUUUUGCUCUUUAAAUUAAUGUUACACCCAAUAGGACAUGUGUGGUGCUCAAUCCAGUUCUAAUUUAUCUGAAAUAAAAUGUUGUGUCAGACUGUUGCGUUUGGCAAGCAAACAUGUUUGUUGACCAUAAUUGACCAAUGUUAGUUAGACUCAAUGGCAUAUGGCCUAAGAUUGCAAAGUGAUACCACAGUGACCUGUGUGUACACAUAGGCUACAGGACCACCAAUGUGGCCUACUGAAAUGUAGGCUAUGCUAUGGAUUUUUGUGAUUCUAAAAUCAAAUACAGAUAUAUAGGCUGCAUCAUCCAACCCUGCAGUUGAAAUGGCAACAAAUAGCAAAGGAUGACAAUGACAUAAUUGUAUAACUUAGUGGUAGUGUCACUCAGUUAAAAUUUGCAGGCUAAAAGUUUACAGUCUUCAAGCAUU